AUGAUAGGUGAGGGCCGUGAAGAGGCUGCUCGUCUCUAUGUGCCCCCUUUACAGGAAGACGAAGAGAAUUCCACGGAUCCCGACGCUUCCGAAGAUUGCCCGCCCCCAGAUGUCGAAGCCGGUAGUUCACUGCCGGUGUGGCUACAGGAAUCGUCCAAGUCCUUUCGCUGGGGUUGGGUUCCAUUACCUCUCAGAAAGGCAGGUCGCGCAACGGUGAAAUGGAUCAAAGGCCCCGACCCUCCACAUACACUUCUGCUCCGUCCUCUUUUUCCACGCGUUCAAGAGUUACCCGCGCAAUAUCUUGACCAUUUCUUCCCGAAGCGGAAGCAGAAGCUUGCUCUUCUGAUCUUUCUCUACGUGGCAUGGUUUGUGCCAUGGUCACUCGUGAUUUUACAUUCGCGAUCCUCCGGAUACAUCGAAGGGUACGGAAAGCUACAAACUCUUUCCUGUGGGACCACGUUCUGGGCAUUUGAUAAUGGUUGUGGUAUCAACGGGAAUGACUGUCGCCCCUUCUCGGCAUCGACUCUAGCGUUUCGGUGUCCCGCAAACUGCCGCGACUGGAAGUUGUUGGAGCCCCAUGUGGUGGGUAACCAGACGUUCAACUACCAACCUUUGGUGGUGGGUGGUCCCGUCUCGGGCUCUCGCGACUCGGCGAUAUACCGAGCAGACAGCUUUAUCUGUCAAGCUGCGAUCCAUGCUGGUGUCAUUUCGAACAACGGUGGCUGCGGGGUCGCCCAGCUCGAAGGCGCAGCACCCUCUUUUCCUUCAGUGGAGCAGCAUGGCAUUCGAUCCGAGUCUUUUCCAUCCACUUUUCCCAAGUCGUUCAGUUUCCCUGAAUUACCUUCGCAUCAGUCGAGUUGCCCUGCGGACCCGCGCUGGUCGCUCCUCGGGUUGACUGCUGCAGCGGUGGGAAUUCUGUGGCUUUUCUGCGCAUCUCCGCCAGUACUUUUCUUCAGCGCUUUCUACAUGGUGUUUUGCCAUACAGGUUUGGUCGCCGACCCGCCAUCAUAUCCCUAUUUGUCGGAUCUGGUUUCAACGCUGCUUUCUCGACUGCUACCUGCAUCCUUUGUGAUAUACGUGCUGUACAAAUUCUGCGCCGCUCCUCUUCUGCAACCUCUUCGAUCACCCAUCUACCAGUUCGAAAAACUGCUGCUGUUUCUGCCAACCCUCUUCAUAGGGGCGUUGAAUAACUACACGUUUGCACGAUUGAUACCCCUGCAGCGCUUGACCCCCAUGGAUAUUCAGCAACAGCCUGGCGCGAAGCUUGCUCUGGCGAUCGUCAUCCCGACGGUGAUUGUCAUUAUUCUUAGCCAAGCAUGGAUGAUCCGACAGGGUGGCCUGCUCCCCCGCUAUCUCAAGAUCUACGGGUUGAUGGUGUUGAUCAUCCUCAUUUUGCUUCCGUUGCCGGGGCUGCGGCUGCGCAUUCACCAUUACAUCCUCGCUAUUCUGCUCAUGCCCGGAACUGCGUUCCCCACACGUCCCUCGCUUCUCUACCAAGGGCUGCUUCUUGGUCUAUUUAUCAAUGGCGUGGCCCGGUGGGGAUUUGCCUCUAUUAUCGAGACCCCAGCAGCCUUGGGAGAAUUGGUCCCAGGACGCGCAGGUCAGGGCUGGUGGGGCUCUACCUAUCCCAACAUUACUGCAUCUUCGGUUCAAAUAGCAUUACCUCACCCGGUGGCAGGGACUACGCAUCGUGGCAAUGGGAACAUUACCUUUUCCCUCUGGGAACACGAGCGUAUGGCCCAGCUCUCCGUGGACGGUAUUUCUGUUUUGCUGAAUGACGUGGAACGUUGGCGUGGUUAUCUCGACGAGGACCCCGACGGAGAAUUCACCUGGCACCGACAUGGACACGAAGGCCUAGAGCUCAGCUCUAGGUCGGUGUCCAUGUCCCAAGGAAAGAAUGACGGAGAGUUUGACGUGCAGUCAACUUUGACACCGAGAUACAACACUGAAGACGACAAACGGGACAGUGUGCCGGACACAUUAUUCUUCCGUUUUGCUUUCUUGCGUGGUGCCGAUGCUGGCGCGUAUAGUCCGGCCGGGGUUUGGGCCAGCGAUGGAACUUGGAUUCCACCACCUCUCCCAACGGAAGAUUAG